AUGGACGAGGACGAAGAGCUCUCCGUCGCCCACAAACCGACUCCGCAAAUCGAAGAAGAGCCAGACAACGUCGUCGAAGAGGAGCCCGCGAGCACCGAGCAAUGCGAGCCCCUGCCGCAGCUGGACGACUCACAGCUGGCGGUCGGGGCAUCGACGGUCGCCGAGAGAGAGCCCGAGGAGGCGAUCGCCACGGAGGAGGAGCCUCCAGCGGCAGGAGAGGUAGAGACUGAGACAGAGGCGGCAGAGGGCGAGAGGGAGGCGGUGGAGCCGGAGGCGGAGGCGGUGGAGCCGGAGGCUGAGGCGGUGGAGCUGGAGGCUGAGGUGGCAGAGACGGAGGAGGAUGCGGCGGAGACGGAGGGCAAGUCAAUCGCUGAGGAGGACCCUCCAGUGGCAGACACGGAGGUAGAGACUGAGACAGAGAUGGCAGAGUUGGAGAUUGAGGCGGCGGAGACGGAGGUGGAUGUGACGGAGGGGGAGGUGGAUGUCGCGGAGACGGAGGUAGAUGUGGCUGACACGAGCAAAAGCGGUGGUGGAAAGCGCAAGCGAGGACGAAAUUCUAGGGCUCCGGCGCGGGUGCCAUCGAGGAAGAAAGUGGAGGAGGAUGUGUGCUUCAUAUGCUUCGAUGGGGGUGACCUGGUGCUCUGUGACCGCAGGGGAUGUCCUAAGGCGUACCAUCCUUCAUGUGUUAAUCGUGAUGAGGCAUUCUUUCGAGCUAAGGGUCGAUGGAAUUGUGGUUGGCAUCUAUGUAGCAUAUGUGAGAAGAAUGCCUACUACAUGUGUUAUACAUGUACAUUUUCAUUGUGCAAGGGUUGCAUCAAAGAUGGUGUUAUAUUAUGUGUUAGAGGAAACAAAGGCUUCUGUGAGGCUUGCAUGAGAACUGUGAUGUUGAUUGAAAAGAAUGAGCAAGGAAACAAAGAAAUGGGUCAAGUAGAUUUUGACGAUAGAAGUAGUUGGGAGUAUCUCUUUAAGGACUACUGGAUGGAUUUGAAAGGGAGGUUGUGUUUCAGUUCAGAUGAACUUGAACAAGCCAAAAAUCCAUGGAAAGGAUCUGAUGUUAUUGCUGGUAAAGAGGAAUCGCCCCCUGAAUUAUAUGAUGCUAACAAUGAUGUCGGUUCUGAUACAGAAAGUUCUGCUGAUAAUCUCGAAGAAAGUAAACCUAAAAGAAGGAGGGCGAAGAAACCAUCCAAGUUGCUUCCUCAGGAUGGGGUUUCACCAAGUGCAGCAGUGGCUGAAGGUUCAGCUGUGCCUGGCAGUACUGAGUGGGCAUCAAAAGAGCUUUUGGAGUUUGUUAUGCAUAUGAAAAAUGGUGACAAAUCUGUCUUAUCUCAGUUUGAUGUGCAAGCCUUAUUGCUGGAAUAUAUAAAAACAAACAAACUUCGUGAUCCACGCCGGAAAAGUCAGAUAAUUUGUGACUCGAGGCUUGAAAAUUUGUUUGGAAAGGCACGUGUGGGGCAUUUUGAAAUGUUAAAGCUUCUUGAGUCCCACUUUCUUGUAAAAGAGGAUUCUCAGGCAGAUGAUCUUCAAGGAAGUGUUGUUGAUACUGAUGCAAGUCAGUUAGAUGUUGAUGGGAAUGCUGAAAUCAUAAUAAAGGGUGGUAAAGAUAGGAAACGAAAAAUGCGUAAAAAGGGUGACGAAAGAGGACCUCAGUCUAAUCUUGAUGAUUAUGCAGCCAUUGAUAUGCACAACAUUAACUUGAUUUAUCUGAGGCGCAAUUUGAUGGAAGACCUAAUAGGCAAUGGUGAAAAGUUUCAUGAUGAGGUUGUUGGUUCUUUUGUGAGAAUAAGGAUUUCUGGCAGUGUUCAAAAGCAAGAUAUAUAUAGGCUAGUCCAAGUUGUAAGUACUUCCAAAGCAGCGGAGCCAUAUAAAGUAGGCAAAAAGACAACAGAUAUCAUGCUAGAAAUAUUGAACUUAAACAAGACAGAGGUCAUAUCAAUUGAUAUAAUUUCAAAUCAGGAGUUUACUGAGGAUGAAUGCAAGAGGUUGCGCCAAAGCAUAAAAUGUGGAUUUAUCAACCGUAUGACUGUGGGUGAUGUUCUGGAAAAAGCCAUGGCACUUCAUGCAGUAAGAAUCAAUGAUUGGCUGGAAACAGAGAUCGUGCGGCUCAGCCAUCUUCGGGAUCGAGCAAGUGAAAAGGGGCGCAGAAAAGAGCUUAGAGAAUGUGUGGAGAAAUUACAGCUCCUGAAGACAGCUGAGGAGCGCCAGCGAAGACUAGAGGAGAUUCCUGAGGUGCAUGCAGACCCAAAUAUGGAUCCAAAUCAUGAGUCUGAAGAAGAUGAAGAGGAAAGCAAUAAGAAACAAGAAAUGUUCAUGAGACCACGAGGUACUGGCUUUGGCAGGAGGGGAAGGGAACCAGUCUCUCCAGGAACAGGGAGUUCUGCUUUAAAUGAUUCCUGGAGUGGCACAAGGAAGAAUUCGAGCAGGAACUGGGAAUUAAGCAGAAACUUGUCUAAUAAAGGCUUUUCAAACAGAGUUGAAGAUGUCACUGCUGCUGCUGAGAUCAAUGAAAAUUCAUGGAGUCAGGGCGGAGACAGGGAUGCUCUACAAUCAAACAAUGGGGAGACGUCAAAAAAAGCUGCUGAUUCAGAAAGUGGUCAGAAUGGCCAAUUUUUGUUACGGUCUGAGUCAUUUCCUGGGGUUGGUUUGGCAACUCCUGUGGGAUCUCACCUUGCGGGGGUAGCACAAUCUGCCCCAAAAAUCAGCGAAACUGAUAAAAUUUGGCAUUACAAGGAUCCAUCUGGAAAAGUCCAAGGGCCAUUCUCUAUGGUGCAGUUGCGUAAAUGGAGUAACACCGGAUACUUUCCAGUUGACCUGAGAAUAUGGAGAACCACUGAAAAGCAAGAUGAUUCCAUACUUUUGACUGAUUCAUUGGCUGAAUUUUUUCCAAAAGAGCAGCCAAUGGCAGACAGCUUUCCUAAAUCCCAGCAGUUGCAUACUCCCCAGCUUUCAUCCACAGAGUCUGGUAACCACUAUGGAACUCCCUUACAGCAAGGGAGGGAAGUUCAGGGUGGAGAAAGGCCAAAGUUUGAUCAGGAUCAUGAAGCUGGGGUUGUGCAUGGUACUGGUGGCCCUUUGGGUUCGUCUGGAGGAGAAAAUUGGAGAUCUCAACCGGAACCCAGUUCUUCAAAAGUUUUGACUACACCAUCUUCUGUUGAAAUCCCAAAAUUUUCGAGAGACAAAUGGAGUUCAGACUAUGGUAGCAGAAAUGAUUCGCCAAACCUUCCGUCUCCUACUCCAGCCCAAAAUACUGCUCGUUGGACAGGGGGCCAAGCUUCUGAAAGCAAACAACCACAUAAUUUCUCUUCUGCUCAACCAGUUGGUUCCAUCAUAGGAUCAAACCCAUUGCCAGGAGGGAAUGGAGUGCAACCAUCUUCUUCCCUCUUGACUGCAGAAAGUGGCCAAUCAACAAAUUCAUCUGGGAGGGUGCCCAUGUGGGGUUCUGAAAAUGACUCAAGUUCUCUUGAUGGUCCAUUGCUGCCCAGGUCGGAGAAUGGUGUUCCUGUAAGCUCCACAAAUGCUUUACAGAUUCGCUCUCAAUCAACCAUGCCAAGUGAAUCUCCUAUGAAUUCAGGAUCUGGCGCCAAAAAUGCUGGUCCUAGUCUUCCAAAUGUAGCGCAAUCUGUUAUGAGUCAGAACCCUUUGGUUGAAACUCGUGGAUGGGGACCUGGUUCAGUUUCCAAAGCAGAUGAAAUGCCUGGGGGUGCAACUCAAACCUGGGGAACUGGUCCAUCUCAGGCAGUUGAGCCAAAUUCUUCCGUUCCUGUGCCUGUGCAACAACCAGUUUAUGGUCAAUGGGGUCCUCCUGUCCAUAAUUCUGCUUCUUCAUUUAGCACAGGAAAUCCAGCUGCUACUUUUCCUAAUCCAGGCUUUCCUUCAUUGCCUCCAGCGCCGCCCAACCUGCCUUGGGGUAUUGGAGUUGCAGAAAAUCCAAGUUCUGCUCCAUGUGUCAGGCCAGACAAUCCAAAUACUGUUUGGGGCCCGAUGCCAGGAAAUCCAAACAUGGGCUGGGGAGGUCCUGCUAUGGUAUCUGCAGUCCCAGCAAAUACAAAUAUAAAUUGGGGUCCUAGUCAAGUACCAGUUUCUGGCAGCGCAAAUCCAGGAUCAGCGCCAGGAAGUACUAAUAUGAACUGGGGAGCUGUUGGUCAGGGACCCCCACCUGGGAAUGCAAAUCUAGCAGUACCAGGAAGUACAAACAUGAAUUGGGGAGCUACUGGUCAAGGACUGGUGCCUGGAAACGCAAAUCCAGGUUGGGUUCCACCAACGGGAAAUCCCGGCAUGUGGGGAAACAACCAGAAUCCGAGUGGAGAUAGAUUCACGGGUCAAAGGGACCGGGGUUUUCGGGGCGGAGAUUCUGGUCAUGGGGGAGGCAGGCCUCGGAACAGGCAGUCAUCGUUUGGCAGUGGGGGUGCCGGAGGAUCAUCCAGGCUUCCUCCUAAAUUGCAGGGAGUAUGCAAGUUCUAUGGGAGUGGGCACUGCAAGAAGGGAUCUUCCUGUGAUUUCUUUCACCCUUAGACUAGUUGUUUUUGUACAGUAAAUUUCAUAUUUGAGUAGCAUUGGCGCUUUUUAAUAUAAAUUUUGAUGCUAUAUAUAAGUGCAGAACUUGUGCAGUUGAGUGCA